GGGGCCUCACUCCUCUCACAGAGCAGAGAGUCCGGGUGCUCCGGGCACACACUUGGACACAGCAGGCCCCUCAGGACUCCAGGAUGCCCUUCCCUGCCUCCUGGCCCCGCCCUCCUCCUUGCCUGCUGCUGACUCUACUGCUGGGCCUCCCAGGAGGGGCAGGUGAGGAGCUGCAGGUGAUUCAGCCUCAGAAGCCAGUGUCCGUCGCAGCUGGAGAGACGGCCACUCUGAGCUGCACCGUGACCUCCCUGCUCCCUGUGGGGCCCAUCAGCUGGUUCAGAGGGACAGGGCCAGGCCGGGAGUUAAUCUACAGUUUCAGAGGAGGCCCCUCCCCCCGGGUAACAUGGGUUGCAGACGUCACCAGGAGAGACAACAUGGAUCUUUCCAUCCGCAUCAGUAACAUCACCCCAGCAGACACAGGGACCUACUACUGUGUGAAGUUCCGGAGAGGAGGUGGUGAUGACACGGAGUUCAAGUCUGGGGCAGGCACUCAGCUCACCGUGAGUGCCAAACCCUCUCGCCCUGUGGUAUCGGGCCCCACGGGCAGGUCGCCGCCUGGGCAGACAGUGAGCUUCACCUGCCAGUCCCACGGCUUCUCCCCCAGAGACAUCACCCUGAAAUGGUUCAAGGAUGGGAAUGAGCUCCCAGCCCCCCAGACCACCGUGGACCCAGACGGAGACAGCCCUUCCUACAGCGUCUCCAGCACAGCCAGGGUGCUGCUGGCCCCGGGGGACGUUCGCUCCCAGGUCAUCUGCCAGGUGGCCCACGACACCCUAAAGGGGGACCCUCCUCUUCGUGGGACUGCCAACUUGUCUGAGGCCAUCCGAGUUCCGCCCACCCUGGAGGUCACCCAGGACACGGUGUCAGAGAAACAGAAGAACGUCACCUGCCUGGUGAAGAACUUCUACCCCCAGCGCCUACAGCUGACCUGGCUGGAGAACGGAAACACGUCCCGAGCAGAAACAGCCUCGACCCUCGUAGAGAACAAGGAUGGGACCUUCAGCGGGAGGAGCUGGCUCCUCGUGAAUCUGUCUGCCCACAGGGAGGAUGCGGUGCUCACCUGCCAGGUGGAGCACGAUGGGCAGCCGGCCGUCACCAAAACCGUCACCAUGGAGGCCCCGGCUCACCAGAAGGACCCAGAUGAACCCUCUGGCCCAGGACUAUCUACUCAGGUCUUCUUGGCUGUGCUCCUCAGCCUCCUGGGCUGCAAGGUGCUGCUGAUGGCUGGUGUCUCUGCCAUCUAUGUCCACAGGCAGCGGAGAGCCCGACUAAGAGAACAGCAAGACCCCCCACAGUGCCUAUGGACCACCGGGUCAGACUGGUCACAGAGCCAUGCAAAGAUGCAGAAAGCCAAUUAAUGACUCCACCAACCCCAAUGGAUGGCCGAAACCAAAAUUUGCCCUUUGCCAGAACCUGUGCGCAGAUGCAGGGGGCUCAGAAGUUUUCACUUGGCUGGGCACCUAGAUCUCACCCAAUCUGACCCCACCCUCUAGGAACGCCUUUAUACCUUCUAUCACCUUUCCCAUUCCUUCCCUUAGGUGACUUAGUUUCAACAUGGUCCAAUCAAGACCCCUGAUGAUAAUGAACACAUAUGUACAUUUCUCCCUCUCAUUAAAUGUGCUCGGAGUCUGUAGUCCAGGGCGAGGGAGGAGACGGAUCUGAGUCCUGUCUCUGUCUCCUGGUUUGGCAGCUGGACGAAUACAUCUUUUCUCUAUGAAACGAUCUUGCCUCAGAUGAGGCUUCUCUGUGAGUUGGGCAUCGAACUCACUGAUUGUGUUGCUACAUCAUGACCUGAGAAAAACAAGGUCCUUUUUUUUUUUUAAAGCAAAACCAAUCUGGUUCUAUAUAUUGACUUAGGAGACACCUGACCUCACCUUUGCCCACAAACUUACUGAAACUGCAGCUACUAAAUGCACAAUCCCUGAGAAAGAAACCAGCUGAGCAAUUCCCAGACCUUGGACACACACAUCAAAAUCACAUCUUAAGCAAAUAAAAAAGAUGAGACAACCUCAGGCUGUUACCUGACCCAAUCUCUCCAUAAACCCCACACCUGGCACAGUGACAUAUAAUUGGGGGUGACACACAACUCCCAGCUUCUCCUUGAGGAGUAGGAUUCAGACCCAACAUUGAGCACCCCAAAUUUUAAACUUCCCCAUGAGGGAUGAGCCUCCAAAUAAAGUAUGUCUGAAAGCUACAGGACUUGAGUCCACAAGGUCCAAGGACGACAGCAAAGCAGCAGUUCUCAGUGGCCUGUGAGGACUCCCUGUCGCUAACCCCCCAGGUCUCAACACGAGGCAGCAAAGACAAAUGCCCAGGGCCCAGUCUUUCCCUGAAAGAGGCCUAUUUGCUUCUCAUAAAGGCUGCAGCUGAGGGUCAGCUUCUCAUCUAACACACGUCAGGGGCCCCAACCAUCCUCUCCAGAGCCAGGGAGCUGAGAGGGUGUCAUGUGCACAUGCUCCCUCUGCGGCACCCAGGUGGCUGGUGCCUCCCUGAGAGCAGCUUGGGCACAGGGUGAGAGCCCUGACUUGCAGCUGCUGCUCAGGGGACACUCCCCUUGAUCGCCUGGCUCUGGCGGCCAGUGGGGCUUGUGUUAGUGGGGCCCACGGGAUUGUAGAAAACAAAAAGCCAGUUCUUCCCUGGCUAUUCCCAAGAGCUUAGCUCCCACCUCCCAGCCUUUCCUGAUAGAGGUCUACAUUCAUACUUAACCGCUGCUGCCUGAGGAUCCAGCUUCCCAUGAGACUUGCAGACUGAAUUCCUCCCCUCCAGACACUGAAAUGGCACCUCAGCUAUUGGGAGCAACAGAGAACAAAGAAGGCAGUUUGGAUAAUCACGAAGUUUGGAGAGACAGCCAAGUGCUAGAACAGGGUUGAGUGACAAGGCUCGUCUUCUGCAACAGAUCUCGCCACCAAGAUGGGAAGAGGCGCCUCUUUUAUCUCACGCACAGAAACCAACAGGGAGAGUCAAGGACCAUGAGGACAUGGAGGAAUGUGAACCAAACACCACCCCAAAGCAUAAAAUAAAACUCCUGAAAUACGCCUUAAUGUUUACCUGGUAGUUUUAUAAGUGCUCAUAACGAUGCUCACCUUGUUCACCUCUCUAGGAGAACAAGGCUGCACAAUGUGAGAAUUUCAACAGAGAUACAAAAUAUGAGAAUAAAGAUCUUAUAUAGUUACAUGCAUGGCCCAUGGACACAGGCAG